AUAAAAAUCUAUAAAACCGUUUAAAUACACGAUAUUCAGUUUGGUACCAUUACGGUCCGGUUCGGCACCGGUUCGGUUCGGGUUUUAUGCCCACCCCUAGAAAAAAGUGACAAUUUUGACCGGAAUAGUACUCCUAUAUGCGAAUAGUAUCACAUGCAUGGCGCAUGGCGCGAAUUUCUUAUAAAUUAAACCUCCGGUUGAUUACUUAUCAAGACGAUUAUAGUACUCCGUAUUAUAAACACAGGAAAGCAACUACUGGCCGGUGUAUACUAAAAACGAGUAAUUAAUUAAUUAAUUAUCCGACAAGGAUGGCCGGGAAGUGUCGUCAUCAGCAGGGAAGAGGCAGUGCAGGAGUGAUGUCAUCGUCAUGCGCCGCCGCAGCUGCGGUUGUGCUGUGUUUGCUGCUUCUUCCGGCGGAGAUGGCUGAAGCUGCCGUUUACUCCCUUCCUCCUUGGACGUUCAGCUUCAAAGGCAAUAACGGAGCGCGCUAUAAAGCCGGCGACUCACUUGUGUUCAAGUACCCAAAGGGCACCCACAACGUGGUAGCCGUGAGUAAGGAAACCUACGACAAAUGCGGUGCGCCGCGGCUGGGAGUCGACAAGGUAUUGACGUCGGGGAAUGAUGUGUUCACUCUGAAAAAGGGACCAAAUUACUUCAUUUGCAGCUUCCCAGGUCACUGCGCGGGCGGGAUGAAGUACAUGGUCAAUGCAGCUUGAUAAAACCGGUCUACAUUUUGCUGGCCAGAGCCACAUUAUUAAUAUAAAUAAAUGCAGAGUUAAGUUUUGUGCUUGUUCUAAGCUAGCUAGCUAGCUCUAUAUAUGCAUAUUUAGGGCUAGCGGGCUCAUGUAUUAAGCUCGUCGCAUCCACUUGUUCUGAUCUACUCCAUAUAUGUUUUCACUUUUCUGUAUAAUCUUUUGAAAUGUUUCGUUUUAUUAGUACACUUUUAGUGUGAGUGCAAAUGCAUUAUGUAAUUUUGGGGCUAUAUGUUCGCCAAAAUUUGUAUUGGAUUAAUGGAUGCUAGUGCAAGUGUAACAUAUAACGUUAUGUUGGACUUGUAUCUUACCUCAGACUUUCGAUCUUUUGAUAGAUCUAUGGAAUUGAAACAGGCUUCUUGAGUUUGUUCAAUAUUUAUGGGUUGUAUGAUCACAAGAUCCGUAUAUUGUUAGUUGACAUUCUUAAAUGUCACAUUUUAACUGAAUGAUAAAAC